AUGGCUCAAAUUCAAUUACUAUCCCCUGGGUUCUCUGAAGCUCUCAAAUUCCAAAACCCAUUACCAAAUGGGUGCUCAAGAAGCCCAUGGCGCAUGUUAGUUAAGACCAGCAGCAGUCAAUCUUUGAUGGGUCAUGGCGGGAGGAGGCGAAGAGGCUUUGGCAGGGUCAGAGUGGCAACCGGGGGCUCACCUUCAACUGACGCAGUGGCUGAUGACUAUUACUCGGUCUUGGGAUUGCUUCCAGAUGCCACAACUGCACAAAUAAAAAAGGCCUAUUAUAAUUGUAUGAAAGCUUGCCAUCCGGAUUUGAGUGGUGAUGAUCCAGAGACCACAAAUUUCUGCAUGUUCAUUAAUGAGGUCUACGAGGUGCUCAGUGACCCCGUGCAACGAAUGGUUUACGACGAAAUUCAUGGUUAUGCAUUGACGGCAGUCAAUCCUUUCCUUGAUGACUCAACAACAAGGGAUCAUGCAUUUGUUGAUGAGUUCAGCUGCAUAGGCUGCAAAAAUUGCGCCAAUGUGGCCCCGGAUGUCUUUGGAAUCGAAGAAGACUUCGGAAGAGCCAGAGUAUACAAUCAGUGUGGGAACCCAAACCUAGUUCAACAAGCAAUUGAUAGUUGUCCUGUUGAUUGCAUUCAUUGGACUUCUGCUGCACAACUAUCAUUGCUAGAAGAUGAAAUGCGCAGAGUAGAAAGAGUAAAUGUCGCACUGAUGCUUGCAGGUAUGGGCUCAUCAGCGGAUGUUUUCAGAAUGGCAAGUGCUCGGUGGCAAAAGAGGCAAUCAAAAGUCUUGGAACAAGCUAAAAUGAGGAUGAUGAAUCAGAAGGAUUCAGAUAAAACAGAAUCAUACUGGGACAACAUUUGGGGCAACACCAAGGACAACCGAAAUUCAGAGGAGGAAGUGAAAGAAAGAGCGAAGAGAACUGCAGCAGCGGCUCGUAGAUGGAGAGAGUACUCAAGGAGGGGUGCUGAUAAGCCUCCUAGCUAUAAACUUCCGGAGGCAAUCUCCAACACGGACAAGUGA